UUCUCUCAAAAAUAUCUUUCAUUGAUCAAAUUGAUCAGAUGUUAAAUACGGCACUUCACUAUGCAGCUCAAAAUGGUCAUUUGAAUGUUGUAAAAAUUUUAUUUGAAAGUGGAGCAAAUGUCAGUCAUGUUAACAAAAGUCUUGAGACACCUAUUUUCCGCGCUGCUUCUAACGGACAUUAUAUGGUAACAAAUGAGUUAAUUAAUCUUGGAGCCGAUGUCAAUAAAUGCAACAUAACUGGGGAAACCCCUUUAAUGCAAGCAGUUCUUCAAAAUCAUAUUAACUUAACAGAACUUUUGCUUGAUAGGGGAUCAAAUGUAAAUAGUCGUGAUGCUAAUAUGAGAAACGUAAUAUGGCUUUCUGCCUCCCAAGGCCAUGAAGAUAUUACCACGCUGCUCUUGCACAAAAAAGCAGAGUUUAACAUCAGUGAUGGAAAUGGUCUUACUCCUCUUACUAUCGCUGCAAAAAAUGGAAAAAUAAAAACGGUGUCUCUACUGUAUCAGCAGGGAUGUAAUAUAAAUGAAUAUACCAUGAACCAGAACACUCCUCUUAUACUUGCGGCUGGUGAAGGUCAUAAUGACGUUGUCAGCUUUUUAAUAAGUCAUAACGCAGAUAUCAAUUUGUUGAAUAAAAGAAGGGAAAAUGCUCUAUUACUAGCUUCUGAAAAUGGUCACGAAUAUAUAGUAAAAAUGCUUAUUGACGCAGGUUCAGAUAUAAUUUCAAACAUUGAAAAUAUUGAUCCAUUAUAUAUUGCAGCAGCAAGAGGUUAUCAUGAUAUCGUAGACUAUCUUGUAAUAUCAGGGCCUAUUGAAAAUACCAGCAUUUUUCAACUUGAUUCGGCAUUUCUGAUAGCCUGUCUCGAGGGUCAAACAUUAAUUGCAAAAAUGCUGAUCACGGUUAUUUCAGAUAUAAACGUGCAAGACGAAGAAGGUCGAUCUGCUCUUUGGUACGCCUUGUGGGCAGAAAGUGAUGAACUCAUUAACAUUUUACUGGAAAAUGACGCUAAUGUUAACAUGCCUGAUGAUUCAAAUGUGACCCCACUAAUGAUUGCAUCUGCUAAAUGUCAUGGAAAAAUGAUUGUGGAGCUACUAAGGAAAGGGGCACGUUUCGCAAUACUAAUUAUUAUAUACACAGAAAAAACAGUGUUUUCCCUUCAAGACGUUGGAUGUAUUUUUUUCACAUAUCCUUCAGAUCCGCCAAGACUGAGUUUUGAAGAAUUUUUUACUCCAAAAAAUUUUCUAAACAUGCUGGUAAAGAUUCUUUCGGGAGAACUAACUGCAGACCAAGUCUUUAAUAUGAACAAUUUGUUAACUUUUAUGUUGAACAGGCAAUGAGAUGUAGAUUAUCCCUAGAACAAAAUAUUCGUUGAAUCAUUGGAUAUAUUUUAAUAUCUUGAUUUUACUCCUGAAAGGGCCAAGUUGGAUAAAAUUUCUGUUAUUACUCUCUAAGGCAAAUUCACUGUAUUCUAUCACAGAUAUAGUUGAUAAAAAAUCGUUUUGAAAUCCCUGGUACAUGUGAUAUGAGAAGAUAGGUACAUGUAUAUAGUUUAUUGAGUUGUUUAUUGUGACUUAACAUGUCCUUGCCUUUAAUUAUUUUGAUUCAAAGUCUCCAUUCAAGACUAAAAUCGUCUCAUUACAAUGAAUAUUCAUUAGAAUGACUCAACGCUUACAUGUAUGAACUAGAUCUAUUAUUUGUAAAUGACUUUUUUUUUACAUUUUAUGUAAUAACCUUGACACAAAAUUAAUAUCACCUAGUAAUGUUGUACAUCAAUUUGAAACGAAUAUUUGCAUAUAUUGCAAUCAUGUGACUGAUCAGUAUUUAGUAAUUUGACAAAUGUUAUAUUCAUUUUUGGUUCAUAUAUAUAACAAUAUAUGGAGAUGGAAAUCUUUGUAUAUCUUUGUAUAUUGGUUGUAAUUACGUUUGAAAAAUAAUAACUUAAAUUCGAUUUCUCAAGCUUUGCAAUAUUAACUGUAUACAACUUAUUGUUUUGAUCAUUUAUGAAUAUUUCAAUUUGAAAUAAAUGUUUUAAAUCUGUCAAUAUGAUAAUCAUUUUGUAAUUUGACACACAAUUCAGCUGAGGUUGGCUUUCUCUUUAGUCGAUUUUCUUUCACAAAGUAGGAUUUUUCAUUUUAUUGCGUUUGCAUGUAUGAAGACAUGAAGAUAUAAUUAAAGUUUGUUCAAAGCAAUACCCAGGUAAACCACUUGAUAUUAUUAUACAUGUAUAUUGAAUGAGCAAAAGAUUAUCUUGUCAUAAGAAUUGUUCUAAUUUGAUCAGUAUUUUUGAAAAUGAAAGUUUAUUUUUAAAUGUGCAAUUGUUUUUCAAGAUAUCUGGUCGUUUUUGAGUAAUGUAUUUAUAUUUGUUUGUCCAUUCUACAUUAAUUCAAUUAUGUACAUGCAUUACCUAUGUUAGAUAAUCUUAUUUACCUUUGGUUCCUGUGUGAAUAAAUUUAAACAAUA